AUGACCUCUAAAUUACAGCCGCUGGAUCAGGGAGUAAUUCAAAACUUGAAAGUUUUUUAUCGUACCAGAAUAGUAAAAGAAGCACUAAAGCGUAUAGAAGCAAACGAAAAACAAGAUAUUACACUUACGGAUUGCAUCAAUCAUGUAACAAAAGCUUGGGAUAUUGACGUUAAAAUUCAAACCAUAGCGAAUUGCUUCAAAAAAGCUGGAUUUGGUCAAUACUCUGAAUGGGAAGAGGAAGAUGACAUACCUCUGACUGAUUACGAAGCAUGGUUAAAAGCAAACAAAAUAACUUGCAGUGCUACUCUUCAGGAUUAUAUUGCAGAAGAUAAUGAUCUUUGCACAACUGGCUUUCCUACAGAUGCUGAUAUUGUUGAGAAUUACUGCCCUGAAUUAGAUGAUCCAAUAUUAAGCGGAACGGAGAGUGACGGCGAGGGAUCGGUAGAAGAAACUAUUCACCAGCCUCCAAAUGCUUUCCGAACAUUGAGUUUAUAUUUGCAAACAAAUGACACUACAACUGAUGAGCACUAUACGGCUUUAAACAAAUUAGAUUAA